CACAGAAACGAAGAGAGAGAAAGAGGGAGAGAGAAGAAGAUGCCGAUCGAAAUGCCGAAAGGGCUUCCAUUCUCGGUGGACACAUGGAGUCCGUCUUCGAAGACGAAGAAGAGACACCAUUUCUUGACCCACGCCCACCGCGAUCACUCCUCCGGCAUCGCCGCCCAUUUCUCCUUCCCUAUCUACUCCACCGACCUCACCAUUUCCCUCCUCCUUCAACAAUUCCCCAAGCUUGAUGAUUCCUUGUUCGUGAGAAUUGAGGUUGGACAGUCGAUUGUCGUGGAUGACCCCGACGGGUCCUUCGUGGUUACGGCUUUCGACGCGAAUCAUUGCCCUGGAGCUGUAAUGUUCCUGUUUGAAGGGAAUUUUGGUAACAUUCUGCACACAGGAGAUUGCAGGCUGUCACCCGAGUGUUUGCGGAAUUUACCAGAGAAGUAUCUGGGCAAGAAAGGAGGAAAACCCAAGUGUCCACUUGAUUUUGUUUUUUUAGAUUGCACUUUUGGAAAAUUCUCUAGAAUGAUGCCCAGUAAGCAUGCAGCUAUCCGACAGGUUAUUAAUUGCAUAUGGAAGCAUCCUGAAGCAGCUGUGGUUUAUCUAACUUGUGAUCUUCUCGGCCAGGAAGAGAUAUUGGCUGCCGUGUCUAGGACAUUUGGAUCCAAGAUAUAUGUUGACAAGGAAGCUAAUUCCGAGUGUUUCAAUGCUUUGACACUUCUAGUUCCUGAAAUCCUCUCCCAAGAUCCAUCUUCCCGGUUCCAUUUGUUUGAUGGGUUUCCUAAACUGUAUGAAAGAGCAAAAGCAAAGCUUGUGCAGGCCCAAGCUAACUCAAAGCCAGAACCCCUCAUAAUCCGCCCUUCUGCCCAGUGGUAUGCGUGUGAGGACGAGGGUUCAUCGGAUGAAAGACGGACAAAACUAAGAAUGAAUGAAUCAAUAAGGGACCAGUUUGGUGUUUGGCACGUUUGUUAUUCAAUGCACUCUUCCAGAGACGAAUUGGAAUGGGCCUUGCAACUUCUUGCUCCUAAAUGGGUUAUUUCAACAACCCCAAGUUGCGUGGCUAUGGAACUUGAUUAUGUAAAGAAGCAUUGUUUCACUGCUCGACUAUCUCCAAAUGAUCCUCUUUGGAAGCUUCUAGACAUUAGUUUAGAAGUGUCUUUAAAUGGAUAAGUAUCGGAUGAAACUGUGGAUUGUUCUCCAGCCCUUGAAAAGCCGUCUCAAAGUUCUAGUGAUUCUCAACUGCAGCCAGUAAAAAUUCUCACUUCUCAAAAAGAACACUUCAAUCCGUCUCCUCCAAGAAAAAGACCACUGAUCACUUUAUUCGGGAGAGCCAGACUUGGUAUCCAGGAAUGUCCCCGGUUGGAACAGAAGAAAAUAUCAAAGAUAGAUAAAGAUGAACCUUCUCAAGCAGUUGACAAAAAGUUAGAACAGGAAUUCUCAUGUCAAGAGGAAAAAAUCUGUAAAGUUACUUGGACAGAGCCAGUAGUGAACAGUCUGCCAGUGGAAGUGAACGAAAUACGAAACGAGGGGCAUGCAGAGAAACAAACAGAAGUUCAAAAGUGUAAGAAUCAAUCUACUGUCGGGCCUAGAAAGAUCUUCAAUGAAAAUUUCAGAAAACUAUACAGGUCGAUGAAUGUUCCUGUUCCACAGCCACUUCCUUCAUUGAAGCGUCUUUUGAACAGCACCAAACGUGUCAAGAGGGAGUACAAGUUUUAGUUUCGCAUUCCCUUCAUUCAAUCUAUAUCGAAUCACUAAUUCGUUUGUUAUACACAAGUCGGCGUAGAUUGGCUAGAACCAGGCAAAAAUAAUAACAGUUAUACAGGUGAUUAUUUCUGCAAAGCAUAGAAGACACCAGACUGGAUUCUGUUGUAUACAAGUUUCCUGAAAGAUACGAUCUUGUAUCAAUUAAUAUUCUUUGGUGAAACUGAUUUGUAUUCUAUUGCAGGGCUCAAACUGAUUUGUAUUUGAGCCCUGCUUCGUUACUUUUAAUAAUCAAUUUGUAUGAGCAAUGCCAUCAUAGGUACCAUAAAAUUCUCCAACACAGUUCAACGUGAGACCUUUGA